AUGUGGAGUCGAUUAGUUUCCGUAAACAGACAAUCUCUGUUAUCAUCAGUAAAAAUAUUUAAACGAUUACAAUCAUCAACACAAUAUUAUGCUAUAAAUGAUGAUAUUUAUGGUCUUACAGAUGAUCAAAAACAGUUACGAGAAACUGUAUUCACAUUUGCACAAAAAGAAUUAGCACCAUAUGCAAAUGAAAUCGAUAAAACGAAUACAUUCCCAAAACUUCGUGAAUUUUGGAAAAAACUUGGUGACGUUGGUCUUUUGGGUAUUACAGCACCUGUUGAAUAUGGUGGUUUGGGUUUACAUUAUACUGAACAUUGUAUUGCUAUGGAAGAAAUCUCACGUGCAAGUGGAUCAAUUGCAUUAAGUUACGGUGCACAUUCAAAUCUUUGUGUUAAUCAAAUUGUUCGUAAUGGAAAUGAUACACAAAAACAAAAUUAUUUACCAAAACUGAUUACCGGUGAACAUUUUGGCGCAUUAGCUAUGUCGGAACCAGGUUCAGGUUCUGAUGUUGUUUCAAUGAAAUUAAAAGCAGAAAAAAAAGGUUUGUUAAUGAUUCGUUUUACUUUCAUAAGAAUAAUUGAAGGAUAA